AUGUCCAUCAUUGCUCAUGUUGAACAUGGAAAAUCAACAUUAACUGCUUCGCUUGUAUGCAAAGCUGGUAUUAUUGCUUCACAGGAUGCUAAUGAAAUGCGUUUUACAGAUACAGAAAAAGAUGAACAAGAACGAUCUAUUGCAAUUCAAUCAACGUUGAUUCAACGAAAAAGUAGAGUUGGUUUCGGUUCUGGUCUUCAUAGUUGGGCUUUUACAUUGAAAGAAUUUGCCGAAAUUUCUGUCAUGUGUAUUGCUGUUCAACCAAAAGAUCCAACUGAUUUAUCAAGAUUAGCCCGCAGUAUUUAUGAUGCAUUAAAUCGUCUUCAUGGCCAUGUUUUUGAAGAACAUCAAGUAACUGCAGCACCAAUGUUUGUUGUUAAAGCUUAUUUAUCAGUCAAUGAAUCGUGUGAUAAGAGAGUAAUUUCGAUUGUGCUUGUUUAUAUUUAUUUUACUUUCAUAGCUUUUACUGCUGAUCUUCGUUCAAAUACAGGUGGCCAAGCAUUUCUACAAUAUCUAUUUGAUGAUUAG